CAAACCUUUAUCGGCGUGUGAACAACGCGGAGUGAAGACGCGAGCGAACAUAACAUAUAUUUACCAUAUCCGUUUUGACGAGAGAGAACUGAGAAAGAGAGAUGGGUGUGACGAAGGAACAAGUUGAAUCAUCCUUGAAGGCCAAACUCAAUCCUUCCCAUAUCGAAGUAAUUGAUACAUCUGGAGGGUGCGGUGCGAGUUUUGUAGUCGAGAUUGUGUCUGAACAAUUUGAAGGAAAAAGGUUACUUGAUAGGCAUCGAAUGGUGAAUGCUGCCUUAGAGGAGGAAAUGAAAGAGAUUCAUGCUCUCUCUGUAAAGAAAGCUGUAACCCCAGAGCAGUGGAAAAAGCAGCAGGAGUCCAACCAAUCAAAUCCUGCUGCCUAGAGCUUAUUUCUCAGUUAUAAUAGUAUUUACAAAUAAGAAAUCCAUACAUUCUGUUGCUGACCAUGCUUGUGGAUCAUAGCUAAUUGUACUACUAAAUUUUGGUUUACAAAAUUUGACUCAGUAAGUGAUUGUAUGAUGAUAUGUUUGACCUAUACUUAUUUGGGAAUUGUUAACUAGAA